CCACUAGUCAUGCCCUUGCAAUCCUCUCUAAGCCUCUUCUACUUCUCGUUACACUUACAGCUUCCAUCCCGCAAGUUUUAACUAACCUCUACUGUUCUGGUUUCUUGAUUUCUUGAUUUCUAAGUUCUUAAAAUAGAAGAAGAAAGAAGCCAGCAUGUCGUUGGCUCCAACUAGUUAUCUAUAUCUUUACCCCUCGUCACCAUUGCCAAGAACUCUCUGUAUCUACACCACCAAGCAAAACCCGCUUCUCUUCUCCCAAACCAAUCCAUUUUUAUCCAAGAAUUACUCAUUUUUCUGCAAUUCAACGUCUUUCUCCAAUAUCCAUUUGCUGAAACCCUCGAACUUGAUCGUUAAAGCAUCGGAAACUGAGUCCAAGACAUCUAAACCAGUGAGUGGGAAUGAAGAAGGAGGAGAAGAAGAGUAUGAAGUAGAAUUGGUUCAGCCUUAUGGGAUCAAGUUUGCAAAGGGCAGAGACGGUGGGACUUACAUUGAUGCUAUUGCACCUGGUGGAGCCGCUGAUAAGACUGGGAUGUUCACUGUUGGAGAUAAAGUUAUUGCCACCAGUGCUGUGUUUGGGACAGAGAUAUGGCCAGCGGCUGAGUAUGGGAGGACUAUGUACGCCAUCCGCCAAAGAAUUGGUCCGCUACUCAUCAAAAUGCUGAAGAGAUACGGGAAGACGGAUUAUGCUGGCGAAUUAACAGAAAAGGAAAUCAUCAGAGCUGAGAGGAACUCUGGUGUCAUUAGUGGCAGAGUGAGGGAAAUUCAAAUGCAAAAUUACUUGCGGAAAAAAGAACAGAAGGAACAAAGAGAAAAGGAUCUUCGUGAAGGCCUGCUAUUAUACAAAAACGCCAAAUAUGACGAAGCAUUGGAGAAAUUUGAAUCUGUAUUGGGAUCAAAACCAGACCCAAAUGAAGCUUCAGUGGCAAGUUACAAUGUUGCCUGUUGUUAUUCCAAGCUUAAUCAGAUAAAAGCUGGGCUGUCUGCCCUUGAAGAAGCCAUGCUAGCAGGGUUUGAAGAUUUCAAGAGAAUCCGGACAGACCCUGACCUGGCCAGUUUAAGAACGUCCGAAGAAUUUGAGCCUCUUCUAAAAAGGUUUGAUGAAUCGUUUAUCAAUGAGAACGCAAUCAAUGCCAUCAAAUCUCUAUUUGGAAUAUUAAACAGAGAAUAGAGCCGUCAAUUGGCCUCAUUGAGUACGGGAUUGAACUUGGUCAGUAGUAUUACACACAUGAACUCACAAGAAGCUAGAGAUAGGCCAGACCAUCUACUGCUUCACAUGAUAAGUUUCUUUUGUAUGAUUUUGAUCAUAGCAUUACUUUCAGGUGAGUUUGAAGAAAUUCAGCCUAAUUUAUCAUGGGAAGUCUCUUUUUACCAUUAUUUCUCAGAACAUAGUCUAUAAUAUGUAGUCUUCUUGACAAGAAUGAAGAGAAUGAAGCAGAACAGCAAAUGUUUCACUUGUACAUCUUGAUUUAUUAAAUUAACUACUCAUGACACAAACACGUGUACUUGCAUAUGCUGCUAGCUUACCUUUGUUACGAAUCACUAACGAAAAAGUGGAAAAAAUCAUUUUUGGAGUUGAUAUGUAAAUGGAUAUUUAUGCGGACUUGGUGUCUAAUAGAGCUAAACAACGAAAAAUGAUUCAAAUAGCCAUUUACUUAAAACUGACAUGAAAUGAAAAUUGAAAUUCUGAUAAAAAUGAAUCCAACUUUUGUUUAGCAUGUCUUUAUUGGGAACUCUAUGAAGUUUCUCAGCAACCUUUUAAAACGAAGAAUUAAACUGGAAGUAAAGGAAGCUUUAGCUAGGCAUUUAGCUCAAAUUGAGGCCCUUCAAAAAUUUGGAUUCAAAAGAAUUUAAUCUUCCUUCAAGAGAGAAGAUGUCAAGUGAAUACCAGUUGUAUAAAUCCAAAUGGCUGCAUAUCACGGUAAAUUACAUGGCUAAUGGCAGAAUUACAGGGAAAUGUAAAUAUGGAUAAUAUGUUGUUGAUCAAAGCUAUCUGGAUGAGAAAUGGUGAUGGACCUGAGAUGAAAAUGCUAAAAAAGGUACAAAAACUAAGGAAAAUGACAGAAUUUGACAUCCUUGAUGAAAAGGGCAAGAUAUUUAUCUCUAGUGAUCCUUUUAGUUGCCAAUAAGCAUGCUGCCUCUGAAUCUGAUAAUGCUCAAUCUUUUACAAGCAAGUUUUAUAGACAAGAAAGUUACUAAUUCUCUAGUUCUCAAAAUGAUCUAGAAAUAUCAUACUCAUCAGAUUUUAAUGGUGGCUAUUUGAAUUCUAAUCAACUCCUAUUAAUAUUUAAAAAUUAUAAAUCUUUUGAUACUGAUCGUUCAUGGAAAGAAAUUCAGCAAGUCAUUUCAGACUUAUGCUGUUUUAGCAAAAAAGACAGAAUAAAAAAUUAUCGGUCGAGAUCAACUUAAACGACACGUAUCUUUCCUGGUUAAAAUUAAACGACAUCGUAAUUGAUUGUCGUUUUAUAAUCUUAAUUUAAGUUUCAAGACAUUGGAAUGACAUUACCGCCCAUUAAUGGUCGUUCUUUUAGGACCUGUCGUUUAGGUUGUCGUUACCAGAGCAACUCAACCACGGCCAACGGCCGCAACUCCUUAUCAGAUGGUAUUGGGCAAAUAGAACUCGUUACAGAUAAAAUUUUCUUUCUUUUUGUUUCGGUUUGAAGGUUGAUAGUUUUAGGGUUUAUAUAUAAUUUCUGGAAAUGAAAAAAAUGGACCAUGAGGAAGUAAUGUGGCUGAUCCACCGCUUGAUUACUGCCCAGCUAUCCGCUGCUGGCGGUUCCACGGUUGGAUUUGAUUUUUUGCCUUACUCAUCUGAGUCUCUUAUUUCUUAUGCUAUUCAACACUUCAAGGUAUGCCUUUAUCUUUUGGAUUUUCUAUUAACUUCGUGAAAUUAUAUGCAUCCUAUCCUUUCAUUUUUGUCGAUUGAUUGAUUUAUUGAUUCAACUAGUGGAGGACAAGUAUUUUUGAAAAGGGUCUUACUCUUAAUUAUAUAGAAAUGGGCAGAUUGGAAACUGAUGAAUAAAGCAGGUACUUAUGAUAAAUUGCCAUAUCUAAAAGCCUCCUGGCGCAGCAUUCUGCUGCUGUGCCUAGCUUCUGUGAUUUGUCUGCAUGAUUUAAGCAAUUAUCUGCUCGCUGAUUCCUUUCUAGCCCAAGAUUUUAAUUCUUGUAGUUAUUGUUCCCUGUCUCUUUUCUUUGAUAUCUGUAGCUUCAAAUACAAUUCAGAUAGCGUGGAAUUGGAUUUUAUUUAAAAUAUUAGUUUGUGAUUUUGGAGUGCCUAUUAUCUGAAAGCCUCUGACUCAUGAAACCCUAGUUUGAUUUCUGUCUCCUAGUUUGCUAACUGCUUGACCUUUGAUGAGAGACACAAACUCCUGCUAUUGUGUGGCUGGGGAAAGGUUGCCACAAUAUUGCCUAGGGUUGAUGUGUCAAUCCAUGUUGCAAAUAUUUCAAUAGAUAAAUUGAUAUUUUAAAAAGUUGAGAAUGUUGAUGAUAAAAAUAAAAUUAAAAAACAAAAGGUGAGAGGGCUUCAAUAGAAACUCGGCCAAAGUUGGAGGACUUCUUGUGCAGUUAUUCUUUCAUGUUUCAUACACAAUUGAUGUAGGGUUUUCUUCCUCACUGGCAUAACUAGAUAUAGACAUAAUGAAAUAGUAAAAUAAGAAUGUAUCAGUCAGAUGUACCAAUUAUAUGUUUGUCCUGAUUUUUACUUUAGAAAGGGAAAAAGAAAGAUUUUAGACAAUUACAAACACAGGAAAUGAAUAUAUCACGUGGAACCUAGGAUUGGUGUGGUUGGAGAUGAAUUGGAAGUCCUUGGGAUGGUGCCAGCUUGGGUUCAUAUCCAAAUUUCUCAUUAGGUAUCAGUACAUCCCAUUUGAAUAUUCUCACAAUGUUAUGCAAGAAAAAAAGUAUCUCUAGGCGUGCAAACUCAUGCCCCAAGCACAUCCUUGGCCCCCCUCCAAAGGGAACAUAUGAAUGAGUAGGUUCUUCUGCAAACCUUGAAGCAUCAAAACCCUCUGGAUUUGGAAAAGAGCUGGAUCUUUGUGUGUUGAGCCAGUGCUCAAAUACAACUACCAUACGCAAAGCAAAAAUACAAUUAGUCUAAUCACUAAGGAAGCAAUUUUGUAUUAAUGAGAGAUCUAUGGACUUGAAACUAGAAGGUUAUGGCUAAUAUCAGGGGGAAGCUUUGAAAAUAAACCUACAAUUUCCAAACAGUUCAUAAUAAUAUUUACUAUAAAAAAUAUGUAAUAGUAUAAAACUUAAAGUAAAAGGGGAGUUUACCUUCCAUCCUUUUGGGAUUGUAUGACCUUGAUAGGUGAAAUCAACUAGGGCCUCUCUGAAAGCACCACUUACAGGUGGAGACAGUUUUAUAACUUCAGAGGCCACACUCCAUGAGCACUUCAUUUUCUGCACAUCCUCCCAUUGCAACAACUCCCCUGCUUCUUUGGACUUGACAAUAUCAAUUUGCUCUGUUUACCAAGUAUGAACAAUCAAAACAUAUUAGCAAACAUGAUCUGUGCGAGCUUCUCAUGUAAGUGGUCAUUAUAGUUUCACCAUUUUCAUCAUAUGACUGUCAAGUCAUUCAAGCAACAGUUAUGAAGUCCUCAAUUUUAUGCUUACAAUUUAUAUUUGAUGAAAUCAAAAGAAAUUUCAAUUGUAGUAGAAGUGUUAAUCUGUGAGCUUCACUUUUUUUAGUGCUCAAUUAAUAGGUUCCUACAAGACACCACUAACCUCUUUAACACUUUUGCAUACACUUCAGGCAUUUCUCCAAGAUAUUUAAUUAGCAGUGUUAUGGCUGAUCUGGAUGUAUCAUGGCCAGCGAAAAGCAAAAGCAGGAUGUUGUGAACAAUCUCCAUCUCAGAUAGGAAUCUUCCGCUUGUGUCUGCAAUCAAAAGCAAAUGUGACAAAAGAUCUUGUGUAUGUUGAUUGGGAAGUCAAUAACUCCUUUGAGAAACACAUUAAACGGAGCAGCAAGCUUUGAUACUUGUGUAGGAUCAUCGAUGCGUGCAAAUAAGUGACAGGCAAGAUCAAAUGUAUAUAACUUGACGGUCAGGUAGACUAGAACCUCCUCUUUCUGUUCACAGUCAUCAAAUUCAGGAUUUGAAUAUUGUAGAUAAAUUUAACACGUAAAAAAUGCUGUUUAUAAGUAAAAUGCCUUGAUAGAGAAUCAUUUCAAUGCA